CAUCAUCAAACUGGUUUCAAAAAGCUGUUAACAUUUCCGUUACGAAAAGGAAUUCCAAAAAGGAGUUGGGUUUUAUUUGGAUGAGGAUAUUCUGAGAUUUGAAGGUGUUGAAAUUUGUUGGUUUGAGUUUUUUGAGUUUUACCAAUGGGGUUGUGGGAAGCUUUUCUGAAUUGGCUACGAAGCCUCUUUUUCAAGCAAGAGAUGGAGCUUUCUUUGAUAGGCCUUCAAAAUGCCGGCAAAACAUCACUUGUUAACGUUAUUGCAACUGGCGGAUAUAGUGAAGACAUGAUCCCUACGGUUGGAUUCAAUAUGAGGAAAGUUACAAAAGGGAGUGUAACUAUAAAGCUGUGGGAUCUUGGUGGUCAGCCAAGGUUUCGAAGCAUGUGGGAAAGAUAUUGUCGCGCAGUUUCUUCUAUUGUUUAUGUUGUAGAUGCUGCUGAUCAUGAUAACUUGCCUGUUUCAAGAAGAGAACUUCAUGACCUGUUGAGCAAGCCAUCUCUUAGUGGCAUUCCAUUGCUGGUACUAGGUAACAAGAUUGACAAAAAGGAAGCUUUGUCCAAGGAGGAUUUGACAGAACAAAUGGAGCUCAAAGCCAUUACAGAUAGGGAAGUUUGUUGCUUCAUGAUUUCCUGCAAAAACUCUACUAAUAUUGAUACCGUCAUUGAUUGGCUUACAAAGCAUUCAAAAGCCAAAAAUUGAGCUGUCCUGCCCGUAUUCAGCAGAUGAUAAUGUUCCAGUUCUGUAGAGUGUGGAUUUUCAAUCUACUUUGAAGUGACUUCUUCUGUUUGCCUUCCCGGGUUUGUCAAUAUCUAACCAUCAUCUCCUGUUAUGUGCUUCGUGCAGACUAUCUUGUGCUGUUGACCUAUGGGUGUUUGCUGCACCCUUAUCUCAAAAAGCUAGUGUUGGAUAUUAUGAUUUGAGUUUUGUGUAUAGAAUUUGACUGUGAAUUGUACAGAAUUUGGAUCUGUUUACUUUGGUUAACAAAAUUGAGUUUGUGAAGUGUGAUGGUUGUUCUCGUUGGUGUAGCAAUGUGCAGUUUGGUUGGUACUGGUUAUUCCUUUUUAACUCAUACAUUGUGUUAAUUCUUUUGCUAGCCUGUGUGCUACUUGAUUACAAGUUCUUGAAGCCAAAACAAUGUGAACCUAUCUCAAGACCUGAAACAUGCCAGCUAUGUCUUCAAUGAGAUUGCUGAGUACCCCUAUAUUGCAUUCAGGCUGGUUAAUAUCCACAGCAGGCUCAAGAUGGUUUGUUUCCACAUCAACAUUUUCAAUCUGUAAGCUUUGGAGAAAUUGUAACCCUUCCUUAAGAGCUAACAAUUUAACACAG